AUUUCUGUUUAUCAUUCAGACCGUUGUAACAGAAACAAAUGAUGUAUAUGGUCUUACUAUUCGGAUGCCAAAUGUAGUUCCACAGAAGGUAAGGAGGGAAAGCCCGACAGCUUACUCUGCCAUGCAGUUAAAUUAGAUCCACGAGAGACAUAUAUAUUGAGGUUUGAACCUUUAGCUUCAAAAUCUGUGGCACACCAUAUGAACUUAUUUGGAUGUGAUGAACCUGGUUCUGAUCUCCCGUCCUGGACGUGUGGCGAAGAAAAUGAAGAGGGCCAUCGCCUGCCUAUAUGUAAACACGGACCUCCACGUAUCAUAUAUGCAUGGGCACUAGAUGGAAAGCCUAGGUCCCUACCUUCUGGUACUGGUUAUAGAGUUGGAGGAACGACUGGUAUUAAUUAUUUACUUAUUAACCUGCAUUACAAAGACAAGUUGAGUCCUGGUCAAACAGAUAACUCAGGCUACUAUUUGGAGAUGACACACGAUAAGCAACCUCUCCAAGUGGGACAUUACAUCCUUGGGACAGUUGGUGAGAUUCCACCUAUGACCAAAGAGUUCCAUGCUGAUAGUGGAUGUAACUAUGACUCCAGAGAAACUAUCUACCCUAUAGCUUAUAGAACACAUUCACAUAAUCUUGGAGUGGUGACAUCAGGCUAUAGAUAUAGGGAUGGAACCUACACAGAGAUAGGACGGAUGUCUCCUCAGCUUCCUCAGACUUUUUAUGAUGUAGCAGAACCAAACAUGAAUAUUACAACUGGAGAUUUAUUGAUAUCUCGCUGUACCAUGAGCAGUCAAAGAAAAUUUGCUACAAAUAUAGGACCAACAAACAGAGAUGAGAUGUGUAAUUUCUACAUAAUGUAUUAUACAUCCAGACAAGAGGAUAUAAAAGAUGAGAGAAUGUGCUUCAGAGAUCACAAUAGUUUCCAUCUCAAAGACUACUUAUCUAUUUUACCACAGAAUAUCAGCUCAAUAGUUGGACUGCCAAAUUUUGAAAGGACUGACCCAUAUGCUGUAUAAAAAUUCAAUAAAUAAAAUUUCAAUUGUA